ACUUAAAAAUUGCAAAAAGUCUAAUGCACUGCUUCGUUCAUUCAAUUUUCAAUUUUGAAAGAAGAAGCUGCCGUCUUCCACAAGUUCCAUGGACGUUUCUCCUCCUCCCCUACAACCUCUCCUUUCCGGUGCCGUGGAUUCCCCUGUCAACGUCGAUCACAGCCAACGGGAAGACCCCAUCACCGGCCAAUCCACCGCCUGUCGUGCUGAUCCAACGGCCCAGACGUAUUCCGGUUGUGCCGGACCGAUCAAGAGCCACCAAACGGCCGCCCACAAGAGGAAGAAGAAGGUAAAGCAGAUCAAUGGCUCUGCGUCCUCAACAGUACCCUCACCAUCAUCUUCUUCGUCUACGUGCUCGCCGUCGUUGUCGCAGGGAGGCGUGCGCGUGGCGUGCAAGCGCCGAAACCCUAGAGUCUUCGUGGGUUCGGUUCGCCGCGGCGAGAGGGACGCCCAGGCCAUUGCUCUGCCCCUUGGAAUGUCAAUUGCAGCCGUCAUCGCUCAGGUUUUGGAAAGUAAAGAUACAACAGGGGAAAGGAUGUGUGUAGAUCAUCUAUCAACGAUCUGCACAUCAGCUGUCAGAGAAUCUUUAGCCAAUGUUUUUGGGGACAGGUUCAAUUGUUUUGUGGGAAAUUUUGAGAAAUCAUUUCAGAGCACCUUGAAAACUCUUAGAAUGAUCAACGAAUCGAAGCAAAUCCGAGGAAGAGAUCACUCAUACCACUUAAAUAUUGAAAGUUGUGAGUCAGAUUUGGAUUCCUCUGUGUUUCCUAGUGAAGGAGGCCCUGCAGAGACUUCUGGUUUGAGCAAUCUUCAGUCAGAAGAAGUGAUUUUACCCGCCAUUGAAACGCAAGACCAACUGAGCACUGUAGAAGAGAUAGGUGAGAGUAUGCAAACAGAUUCAGUGAACCUGGAGCUUGCCUUGCAUCAACAAAGAAGCCAACAUGCGGCUUGUGUUUCUUUAAACGCACUUGGAUCUCAGGGCUCUGUUGUUAACCAGUCUAUGCUAUGCACUUUUGAGAAAUCUAUCAUGGAGCAGGCUCGCUCUAAUGACCUCAAAACAUAUGAGAUUGGUCUCCAGAUGAAAAAAUUGCAACUUAAAGAAGCCCAACUGGCUCUCAACUCUGAUUCAAAUCUUUUAGAGAGGUUUAAGCUAUCUAUGGGUAUUUCAAAGGCAUCCUUUAAAGCCGAGAAACUUAAAAAUCAAUUAGAGGAAACGAAACAUGCCGAGCUUCUUAGAAAGUGUUUAGACUUUCUUGUUGCUGGUUUGAUUAUUAUGUGUCUCACCCUUGCAUAUGGAGCUUAUGUCCAUUCAUACAAACGGAUCACUGAAGCUACAGCAUUCUGUAAACAUUCUGAGGAAAGUAUUUUCUUCCUUCUGGCCUUUAUUAAUACGUUUUCCUCUGUAAUUUUCUGCUGAUGUGCUAUUGGUUUGUUGUCUUAGAAAUGAUCGAGGCUGUGCUUAGCAGUGCACGCACGCACACACACACACAUAUAUAUAUAGAAAAAAUAAAAAAUAAACUAAGCUUUAUAAUCAUGUUGACUCAAUGGUUCUAAGCAUUUGAUUUUGAGUUUCUUCACUAUGGGAUUGUAAUUGCACUCUGCCCACUUCAUAGUUUCAGGUGGAUAAAUCAUCAGAUUGCAAAGGGGAAGGAAUAUUUUAGGCAAAUUAAGCCUAGUCUACAUUUUCGAGAGUUGUGGUUCAUUUUUUAGAUUUUAUAACCGAGGAUCCUUUUCUACGUAUAAAAGUAUUUUCAUGACUUCACUGCUAGUUUCCAUUUAUAAGCAAGAUGAUUCAAUUCACAAUACCAUUUAUUGCUUUUGUUCUUAAUUCUAAAAAUUAUGUAGGGAUUUACUCGGUGGCCAAAACUUUUGCUUGUUUCACUUUUUGUUACUGUAUCUUUAUAUUUUUUGUCGUUCGACAUUUGCACAAUAAAGGUGCAUUCUCUUUACAGAGGUCAUAUUUCCAGCCCAAAUUAUGUUUAGGUGCUUUGUAAAUGCUUAAUGUUGAUUUGCAAUUUCAGGAUUCCAAGUCUUGGUGGAUCCCAAAGCCCGUUGCUUCUUUCAAUUCAACCCUGAAUAUUCUAAGGUGUCAGGUUCAAGUUGUGACCCGUAUGGUUUUCGGUUUCUUGAUGAUCUUAGCAGUUAUUUAUUUGCUCCUUCAGCGUUCAUCAACCAUGAAACAGACAAUGCCGAUUACUUUCAUACUCCUGCUAUUAGGAGUUGCUUGUGGUUUUGCUGGCAAGCUGUGUGUUGACACACUGGGCGGAAAUGGUUAUCAUUGGCUCUUGUACUGGGAGGCUCUAUGCUUAUUACAUUUUUUUUCCAAUAUCUGGACUUCGGUGUUGUUUCUUAUCCUUUAUGGACCGGUCAGAGUCUUAGAGGGGACGAAAGACAAUUCAAUAUUUCCAUUCUGGCUCAGGCGAUAUCUAUUUUAUGGUAUUGAACUUCUCUUUCUGCCAUUAUUGUGCGGUCUCAUGCCUUUCGCAGGUUUUGUUGAGUGGAAAGAUCACUUCUUGGCGCUGGUCACAGAUUCUCUUCCUGUUAUGGGCGAUUAGACCAGAAAAUGGACUUUUGCAAACCCUUUUAGGCCUUUGUUACAUACAUCGAUCGAUAAAAUCAUCGUGCUUAGUAUGUACUAUGUGUACCAAAAUGUGUUUUGUUGUUUUUAAGUUUGGUUUAUUUAUUGUGUAUCAGUAAUUUUAGUUAUCUUUAUUCAUUUUGCUCCCAGCUGCAGUGUGUAUUUCAGGAUUUCCUGGUCUUUGCUGGGGGGACUUGGAAUCCGUGUUAAUUAUAACAUUAAGCUGUGUUAGAUAAAUUAAAAAAAAAAGUAUUUUUUCAUUUA